AGUUAAACAAGAAUUCAAACAAUACAGAAGAAAAAAUGUGGAACUUCCUUACCCAGUUUUUUGGGCAUUAUAAUGGAACCUCCUUCUCCCUUACCGUAUCCCUCAUUUUCAUAGCCUUAACCUUGAUAAUCUUCCUCUUCAACUCGUCUCAAAAGAAAUCCUUGCCGCCUUCUCCACCUACCCUUCCAAUCAUAGGAAAUCUCCACCAACUUGGCUUUCACCCUCAUCGCUCUCUUCGAUCCAUGGCUCAAACUCAUGGCCCUAUCAUGUUGCUUCACUUGGGUACCCUUCCAACCCUUGUUAUCUCAUCAGCUGAAAUGGCCCGAGAAGUCAUGAAAGCCAAUGAUCUUGUCUUUUCAGACAGGCCUACAUCAAGAAUCUCUAAGAAACUGCUCUAUGACUACAAAGACAUAGCUGGAGCUCCUUAUGGUGAAUACUGGAGGCAGAUGAAAGGAAUAAGUGUUGUACAUCUUCUUAGUAGCAAAAGGGUACAAUCUUUUAAUAAUGUCAGAGAAGAAGAGACGGCUUGCAUGAUUGAAAAGAUUCAAAAGUCUUCUGAUUCUUCUUCACCUGUGAAUUUAAGUGAAGUUUUAGCUGCGCUUACCAAUGAUGUAGUGUGUAGAGUUGCCCUUGGGAGAAAGCAAAUAACAACGAAACAAGGGAGAAAGUUUGAGGAAUUAUUGGGAGAUUUUGUGGAAUUGAUGGGCUUCAACUUUGGGAGCUAUAUCCCAUGGCUUUCUUGGAUUGAUCAAGCGAACGGUGUAAAUGCUAAAGUGGAGAGAGUUGCGAAAGAGCUUGAUGACUUCCUAGAUGGAAUAAUUGAAGCGCAUAUGUGCAAUGAGCCCCGCGGGGAAGACAACAAGGAUUUUGUGGAUGUCUUGCUUUCCAUUCAGAAAGAAAACAUGUCUGGUUUUCCCAUUGAUCUAACAAGCAUAAAGGCUAUCAUCUUGGAUGUACUUGCAGCGGGCACGGACUCUACAUACACACUCCUGGAAUGGGCAAUGACAGAGCUUCUAAAGCAUCCAGGAAUGAUGAAGAAAGUUCAGAGCGAAGUGAGAGAAAUAGUCAACGAGAGAUCAGUAAUUACAGCGAAUGAUUUGGAGAGAAUGCUUUAUUUGAAAGCAAUAAUGAAAGAAACAUUCCGCUUCCAUCCUCCACUUCCGUUACUAGUUCCUCGAGUAUCAACUCAAGAUGUCAGAAUAAAAGGGUACGACAUUGCAACAGGUACACAAGCGAUUAUCAAUGCUUGGGCAAUAGGAAGAGACCCUGCAGUAUGGGAUAGAGCUGAAGAGUUUUGGCCAGAGAGAUUCUUGAAUAGUAGCGUAGAUUACAGAGGACAUGACUUCCAAUUGCUACCAUUCGGAGGUGGCAGGAGGAUCUGUCCAGGCAUCCAGUUUGCGACAAGUUUAGAAGAGCUUGCUUUGGCAAAUCUUUUACACAAGUUUGAUUGGGCACUACCUGAUGGAGUAAAAGAGGAUGAUUUGGACAUGACUGAAUCCGUUGGCCUUACUGUGCAUAGAAAAUUUCCACUUCUUGCUGUUGCAACUCCUCAUUUUCAUUAAAGCAUCUAAGCUAAGACAGGAAUAUUUCUAAUCAUAAUUCGAAAUAGAUCAUGAACAGCAUUUGGAUUCCGCCAGAUUGACCGCUGGUUUUGCGACACUUGCCCUUGUAAAAGAAAUAGUCAUAAUUCAACAGUAUGAAUGAUUGUCAAAGUAGGAAUGUGGACUUUCAAAGUUCAACUGAUAUUAUUUUUCUGUCUUUUUGUUAGUACCGUUGUUAUUUAAUUCUCUCUUUAAAUAAAUAAACGGAAAAUUUAUGGAUCC